GCAAAAGCUUCAAGUUCCACUUUUUGAACGGAUAAACAAGAUUAUCAAGUUAUAAGUACAAGUGAGAAUUGUUCAGGAUUGCCAUCGAGUGGACUCCUCGCAGAAAAAUUUAUGAAACCAAGUUUUGUCAGGGCCCCCUGGAGUGGCUUCUGUUAGCCUUCCAUUUCCAUUGUCCGGAAAUUUUUUUGGUGGAGAAACAGGGAAAGGAGGCGUAUUUCAUGCGGACCAGGAUCAUUUUUGGGUUCCCUCAUCUAUGUUUUCUUCUUGCCGCUUAAAUCUAUAGAUGGACGGGAUCUGAUCUGUAUUAAGAGUUGUGGACGCCUCUCCCUCGCCUUCACAUGUCUGUGUAUGUACCGUUGGUCGGGUGAUUUGGUAUUGAGUCUCAUUAUUGGACAACAAUGAGGAGGAGGAGAAGGAAAAGCCAAGUUCCCAUCUUCAUGUUGGCGCUAUUAUGCUUCCUCUUCUGAAUCCUCCCCUUGCUGCUUGCAAUAAACACCACCACCAAUCUGUCCACCGAGCGCAGAAGACCAGGAGAUCGGAAUACUAAUACUAGAGAAGAAGAGAAAGGGCAAGAGAAGAAAGGAAAGAAUGGGCAGCAGCCCGGGACAGAAUUUGGUGGCGGAUUUCGUGAUGGGUGGGUUCGCGGCUGCGGUCGCCAAGAGCGCGGCAGCUCCCAUGGAGAGGGUGAAGCUGCUGUUGCAGAACCAAGGGGAGUUGCAGAAGCGGGGGCAACUCUGCGACCCUUACUGUGGAGUUAGAGAUUGCUUCAGGAGGGUGCUCAGGGAAGAGGGCAUUCUCUCCCUGUGGAGGGGAAACCAAGCUAACGUCCUCCGUUAUCUCCCCACCCAGGCUUUUAACUUUGCUUUCAAGGGCUACUUUCAGAGCGUGUUUGGCUACUCAAAGGAGAAAGAUGGUUAUCUGAAGUGGUUGGCAGGAAAUGUUGCAUCUGGUAGUGCUGCUGGUGCAACAACUUCUUUGUUCCUAUACCAUUUGGAUUAUGCCCGCACCCGUCUUGCAACGGACAUGAAAAAUGUCCAAGCUAACAGGAGUCGCCAGUUCAUGGGAUUGCGUGAUGUUUACCGGAAGACGCUUAUGACUGAUGGCAUUGUGGGAUUAUACAGAGGUUUUAGUGUUUCCAUUACUGGGAUUACGCUCUACAGGGGGCUGUAUUUUGGAAUUUAUGAUACUCUGAAGCCGAUUGUUCUUGUUGGGCCAUUAGAGGGAAAAUUUUUGCCAAGCUUUUUGCUGGGCUGGAGCGUCACCACCUUUUCUGGUGUUUGUGCAUAUCCCUUUGAUACUGUUCGCCGGCGAAUGAUGCUGACCUCUGGUCACACAAUCAAGUACAAGGGCACCGUGGAUGCAUUCAGGCAAAUUGUUCAUCACGAGGGUGCCGGUGCUCUUUUCAAAGGUGUAACUGCCAAUAUGCUUCUUGGGGUUGCAGGGGCUGGAGUUCUUGCUGGGUAUGAUCAACUUCGUUGUCUUGCUAACAGAUAUGGUUAUGGACUUCAUCAUCAGUUGAAAGCCUGACUAAUGCAGCAUUUGGUAAUUGUUGAUUUCUUGAGAACGUGGUCCGUAUUUGAAUCAUCUGCUUGCUGCUUACCUUUAAAGAAAAUCAAAUGCAUUUUCUGGGAGAAGUCAAUCCUUUUGUACAUAUUAUGGAAGGGAGUAAGCAUCAUGAUGAAUAAACUGUGCACGCCAUGCACCUCCUCUAGCAACUGUAAAUUUAUGUUUGUACAAAUAUCAUUGGUUUAAUUUCUCAGGC